CCCGGGCGUGCUCGGAUUUUACUGAGUAAUAUUCAGAUGCACCAGACUUUCCCUGACAGUGCUCUGUCUGCGAUCAGAGUGGUGGUAGAUGAAUAGCUCAAGUAAAGAGUCUACUGACUGCCGUAAUAACCAGACGACACACUGCAGACAUACGGUCGUUGCAAGGGCGUCUUUCCGAGGAAGAGAAUGCCAGCGGUCAUAGGUAAAAAUUCCGAUUUGGAGUUUGACUCCUUACAACCUUGCUUUUAUCCGGACGAAGAUGAUUUCUACUUCUGCGGUCCCGAUUCCGCACCACCGGGGGAGGACAUCUGGAAGAAAUUCGAGCUGCUGCCCACGCCCCCUCUCUCCCCGAGCAGAGCAGGUCUCCCGGGGGAGCUGGCUUCGGCAUCCGGUGACUCCGGUUCGAUGGGGUUUGGAUUAACAAACCCACUGGACUGGGCUUCGGAACUGCUUUUGCUUCCAGAAGACGACAUUUGGGGAGCGUCGGACGCGGACCUUUUUGGGUCAGCCUUGGAAAGUAACCUGAAUUCGAUAAUUAUCCAGGACUGCAUGUGGAGUGGAUUUUCGGCCAGGGAAAAGCUCGAGCGAGUGGUGAACGAGAAACUCGGCAAAGCGGUUUCAACGGCUGCCAGCUGUGGAGUGAGUCCCAACAAAGAGAGCAAGGCGACGGAGUUGAACAGUUCCGUUUCGGAGUGCGUGGACCCUGCUGUAGUUUUCCCCUUUCCCGUCAACAAGACCAGCAGCAAUUGCAUCACCACCAGCAGCAGCAGCAGCUGUAACAGCAGUAGCAGCAGAAGUCCACCUGGGACAGUUCCCUCAUCUGCUCCCAACAGCUAUGCCGACGACACCCCAAGUGAUUCUGACGAUGAGGACGAUGACGAAGAGGACGACGAAGAUGAUGAGGAAGAGGAGGAGGAGGAGGACGAAGAGGAGAUCGACGUGGUGACGGUGGAGAAGAGGCGGUGCACGGCCGGCAAGCCCCUGCCCGCCAUCGGCAGGGCGAAGGCCAGCAGCGCCGCCGCGGGCGUCAGCAGCAAGCCCCAGGAGGUCAUCCUCAAACGCUGCGCGCCCAUCCACCAGCAGCACAACUACGCCGCCCCGUCCCCCUACAUGGCGGAGGAGGCCUCCCCGGCGCCCCCCAAAAAGGUCAGGAACGAGGCCCGCCCGGGUCCCGCCAAGGCCGCCUCCUCCUCUUCCUCCUCCUCCUCAGCCCCCGCCGCCGCCGCGCCCCCCCAGCGGUUGAAAAAGAGCGAGAGCCCCCGCGGCUCGGACUCGGAGGACAGCGAGCGGCGGCGGAACCACAACAUCCUGGAGCGGCAGCGACGCAACGACCUGCGCUCCAGCUUCCUGACGCUGCGCGACCACGUGCCCGAGCUGGCCCGCAACGACAAGGCCGCCAAGGUGGUCAUCCUCAAGAAGGCGGCCGAGUACGUGCACUCGCUGGAGGCCGACGAGCGCCGGCUCCAGCUGGAGAAGGACAGGCUCCAGGCCCGGCGGCUGCAGCUGAUCAAGCGCCUGGAGCAGGCCAGGACUCGCUAGGCCAGGCCAGGCCACGCCCCAACUCCCCCCAUACCCCCCCCCCACCCUUUACCCCCCCACCCCCAACCCCCCCCACCCCCCUAUCAGGACUCUCUCACUGCCACUUUUGCACAUUUUUUGACGUUACGAAUGUUGGGUUUGCUUUUCAAUCCAGUCGCAAUUCGAAAGGCGGAGGACGCUACUCUCUCUCUUUCCCCCCACCCCCACCCCCACCCCCAACCCCCAACCCCCAACCCCGACCCCCCCCCCCUCCUCCCCCCAGUCUGAAUUCAGGUUUCACGGCAACGCCGGCCACGCAAUACCGCUUCGCUUUGACACCUGGGAACUUGAGGCAGGCGGGGUUCAGUCGAAACUGCAAUGAGUUUUUUUUAUGCCAUAAUUUUGUUCCAGUGACGCGGAAUCGAAGCGAAUCGUACCUUUUUUUUGUUUUCUCGAUCAUUGCACAAAAUAUUUCACUUAACCAGCAAUCAGCAAAACGCAGGACAUUGAACCAAGUGCCAGCAGAGCAGUGACACUUUCCUUAAACCGAGUCUGAGGACGAGGCGCGUUGCAGUUAGAUUGAACCUGUGCCGCGGCCUGCAUUGAACUGGCCAGUACAGGAGUGUCAGUAGACCUUCAUUUUUUGCCUUCACAAAUUCACAAUGAAAGCAAGAGGACGAAAGGACGCCAUGUUGUGGCCACAUGCAUUGUGCUUAUACACUCAUCUCACUGGUGCUGAAAGAGAAAAAAAACAGAUGUACUUAAGUGCACCUUUGCAGACUGCUCAUCCUACGCUUUUUGUAAAUACCAUUUACACAACCAUGCCUUUUUUUGUACACAUAUGUCUGGUUUUUAUGUCAAAGCUGCCAAUACUAGACUGGAAGUUUAUAUACCUUAAAAGUACUGUAAUACCUCAAUGUUUGAGGAUCAUAUGACUUUGUAAUAUAACAUACUGUUUUUUUCCCCUCUGCUAUGUACUUUACUAAUUCUUACACACCUCUAUACUUUAGUGUGAUGCUGAUACAUACUAAAUUUGAUACUUAUAUUUUCGUAUGAAAAUGCGUUCUGAGUAGAUAUUACUUUAUCCCUUUGUUUUUUUCUCUAAAAACUUCAUUUGUACAGAAAUCCACUCUAUAAACAUUUAUCCUUGCUUUUUCUUCUUUCUGUUUAUAUAUUUGUUACUGUUGGGUGCAUAGAGCUGGGUAAAAAGGACGUUUUUUCCUUUUCUUUUUUAAAAAUGUACAUUUAGUGCUGCGACUUAUAGCACUUUGAAAUACCUCAUUUUAAAAAUAAAUAGAUUAAAAGAAA